AUGGCUAGUCACGUGGAGGCAUGGACUUUGUUGUCCUUAGCCCUUGUAAUAAUCCUUAUACGCAUCGGUGUACGAUGGAAGCUUGUUGGACCAGCCAAUUUCCAACUUGAUGAUUAUCUUAUGCCAUUAGCGGGGGUCUGCUUUACACUCGAAACAGUUGCGGCGUACCUCGUCGGUGCCAGAUACCAAGGCCUGACUAACAGCUACAUGACGCCCGAGGAGCGAGCAAGCCUCGACCCCAAUUCGACUGAGUGGGCAAAUCGUGUUGCUGGAUCUAAGAUCCAGAUUAUUGGAUGGUCAUUAUAUGUGGCUAUCCUAUGGACUGGCCUCCAACACCUCCCCACCCGCGUUCGGCUGGGAUAUAUCAUUCUAGGUGUGACAUACCUUGCAACAGCGUUGUCCCUCCUCCUAUCAUGCCAGCCCUUCCAUGCGUUUUGGCAGAUUAACCCUGACCCCGGCAAUAUAUGUCAGCCAACUAAAUCCCACGUCUACGUUUUUGUCUGCGUUGUACUCAACAUUGUUACGGACCUCUACCUUCUCUCAAUCCCACUCCCCCUCCUCUGGACCGUCAAUCUCAACCUGAAGCGAAAAAUUCCACUUAUGGUUCUCUUUUCCGGCGCUACAUUUGUUAUGCUAGCGGGAAUUAUUCGAGCUGCUACAAUUAUGAAGUCCAGUCCCGACGGAGCUGAAUCUGGCUCUCAGUGGGCAUGCCGCGAAACUUUCGUCUCAAUCGUUGUCUCCAACCUGCCCAUCAUCCAACCACUUAUCCGCAAGGGCUUCAACAAAAUCGGUCUCUCCCACGUCUUCAGUUCCUCGGGAGGAAAAACAUCAGGACAGCCAUACGCGCUCUCCAGCCGAGGCUUACAGACCUUGACAAACCGUGGCGAAGGCGAUACCAAGAAGGGUAAGUCAAACGCUGCUGCGCCAUCACAUAUGCAGGCUUCCGCAUGGGGUAGCGAUGAGCACAUCCUAGCUCAGUCCGAGCCUACCUCCAAGGAUAUUACUGUUGUCUCAGAGACUGUCGUGCAGAGUGAGCCAUGGAACUUCCAAGAACCUGGUGGGGGCUCAACAACGCCCCCCAAGGAGUGGAACAGUCACCUGUCGCAUCGAUGA